AUGAAUCAUAUGAAUCUAGAACGUUGUAGUAAAAGCCAAAGACAUCUAGGUGUGGUAAUCGGCACGAAUGAUUUCAAGAUCGAGUACGUAACGGGAAAGCCACCUCAAGCCACCCUCAGCCACCUCAAGCCACACCCUCAGCCACCUCAAGCCACACCUCACCACCUCAAGCACACCCUCAGCCACCUCAAACCACCCUCCAGCCACCCCCACACCUCCCACCUCAAGCCACACUCAGCCACUCAAGCCACACCCUCAACCUCACACGCCUCAACCUCCAAGCCACACCCUCAGCCACCUCAAGCCACACCCUCAGCCACCUCAAGCCACACCCUCAGCCACCUCAGCCACACCUCAGCCAUCUCCAAGCCACACCCUCAGCCACCUCAAACCACACCUCAGCCACCUCAAACCACACCGUACAUGAGACCAGAACGAGGAAACUACGUGGAUCAAGGCUCACCAGUGGAUGUGUUGUACAUGGAUUUCUCAAAGGUGUAUGACAAAGUCCCACAUGCACGACGAGCCUCUAAGAUCCAGGCACACGGCACCACAGGCAAGAUUGUGACGUGGAUUAACAACUGGCUCGAAGACAAACAACAACGAGUAGCAAUAAAUGGAGUACAUUCUGAAUGGUACAAAGAUAGAGAAAUGUUCCUUCAACUGUACAAAUCUCCCGCACGUCCCAGUCUGGAUUACUGUAUACAGGCAUGGACACGCUACCUCUAA